CAUUUCUAGAUUCACACUAUAGCAACAUAUUCUGUCUGUCCAUCUUUUAAUGAAAUAGGUUUGCUUUGUAAUCAAUAUUUGUAAUCAGCUACAAGGAUAGGGCAGCAUUCAAGUCCCGUUGUAAUGCAUGGGAAAACGGAACCCUAAUUCCCACAAUGCAUUGCUACAUAGUUGUGUAAGUUUCCAGCGUCUUCCAGGAGAAAUAGUCUUCGGGGUCGCAGGCUGUUGUUGAGAAAACAUAAAGUCUGGAAAAAAACAAUACAUUCUCGUUAAAGUUAUUAGCGACUUAACUCCUUCGGGAGGAAACGAUAAGAUUUUGUACAGAGGCGAUCAAAGGUUGACCAAAACGCUGUAUUGGAGGGCUUCGAGAGCGUAAAAAGAAGAGGGGCCUGUCAAAUAUGUCCGCCUCUUCACAGGCAUCUUCCAGGCGGCAAUGGUGCUACCUCUGCGAUUUGCCCAAGAUGCCUUGGGCUAUGAUAUGGGAUUUUAGUGAAGCUGUAUGUCGUGGAUGCGUUAACUAUGAAGGCGCGGACAGAAUUGAGCUCCUUAUCGAGACGGCGCGGCAGCUUAAGAGAACACAUGUAAUGCAGGAUGGCCGAUCGCCCGGCCCUCAGUCUGGUAAACACGGUCCAGGUGGUAAAGAUGGCCCCAUGGAAGGCGGCAGACAGCCGCCAGAGCGCUUUGAGAGAGCAAGAGGAGAAUAUGGGGUGCCAGCACGACUUCCAAAUGGACUUCCCAGACUCGACGACGGGGUUCCCCAAGAGGUUAGUAGACAGAGCCCCAAUGCAAGAAGCAGGGCUAUGGUGAGCACUGUCCCACCUAACUUAAUGGCACAAGGUUUAGUUGGUGGCCCACAUAGCUUGCUGGCUGCUGUGCCAGGCUUGAAUGCCAGGCCUGGGGCAGCCCCGCUCACCAUCUCUGCCCCCAUCCUGAACGAGAUCAGCAAGCGUCAGAUGCUGGGCAUGGGCGUGGCACCUUUCAUCAACCCCGAAAUCGAGAAGGAGCUGAAGGAGAAGCAGCGCAAUGCGGAGGCGCUCAACGAGCUGUCCGAGAGCGUCCGCAACCGCGCAGAAGACUGGGCCGGCCGUCCCAAGCCCCUACGCGACACACUGCUCACGCUCGCCAGCUGUUCGCCGUUCAAUGUGCGCUUCAAGAAGGACCACGGCCUGGUGGGCCGCGUCUUCGCCCUCGACGCCAAGACAGGGCCCGAGACGGAGCUGAAGGUGUUCGUGGAGUACCCGUGCGGCUCGGGCAUCGUCUUCUCCAGCCUGGUCAUGCUGGUCAAGCAGAUGUUCCAGGACUGCCAGAAGGACGCCGGCAAGGUGAUCACGUCGGGCUACAAGUACGUGGAGUACGAGAAACGCCACGGCUCGGGAGACUGGCGCCUGCUCACGGAGCUCCUCAGCGACGGCGUUCGCACCUUCAAGGAACCGCCCAACCCCGACGCGCUCCCGCAGCCGUACCUGGACGCCAGCUGCUCCAUCCUGCCCACCGCGCUCUGCCAGAUGGGCCGCCCUGGCAUGUCGCGGGUGCGCCGACGCAAAGCGUCCCCCGAGCCGGACGGCGGCGGAGGUGGUGGUGGUGGUGCCAGCGCAGCAGAGAGGCUGGCCAAUGAGGAACAGCUGCGGCAGCACUGGGCGCUCAGCGGCUACCCGGGCAUGGCCGCUCACAUGGCGGCCGCCGCCGCUGCGGCCGCUGCCGCCUCCAUGCCCAACAGCGGGCAGCCGCCGGCCCUCCAGGAAGCCCUGGCCAACAUCCACGGCAGCGACCCCUCGCCAAUCACGGCGCUCAUGAACGUGGCCGACAACGUGGGCGGCACCGGGCAGUCCCCUAAGGACGCCCCGGCGGGCAGCUCCGGCAUGCCCCACUCGGCCUCGGCCUCCUCCUCUGGCGCCGGCUCGGCCCUGCGGCAGAACAGCGGCAGCCCAAUGGCGGCGUCCCCUGCCGGUCAGCGGCGCCUGGCGUCGCGGAACGGAGAGUCCGGUGGCGGGGCAUCGGCGGGCGGCAGCAACUCGGGCCCUGCGGGAGCCGCCACUGGAGGCGCCAUGCCGUCGGAGCAGGCGGCGGGUACGGGCGGCGAGGCCUCAUCCGGCGCUGGCGGCGCCAGCAGCAGCGUGCCACUCUGCUGUACCAUCUGCCACGAGAGGCUGGAGGACACACACUUCGUCCAGUGCCCGUCCGUGCCCGGGCACAAGUUCUGCUUCCCCUGCACCCGGGCUUUCAUCCGCAGCCAGGGCUCGGGCAGCGAGGUGUACUGCCCCAGCGGAGACAAGUGCCCCCUCGUGGGAUCUAACGUGCCCUGGGCCUUCAUGCAGGGCGAGAUCUCUACCAUCCUGGCCGGGGACGUGAAGGUGAAGAAGGAGAGGGACCCGUAAUGCCCACCACUGCGGACACAGGGUCCAAUUCCUCUACCAAGUGAGCUGCAGCCUUGAACCCCAAAGAUGCUGUGACUCUACACAGCAAUCAGCACUGAAGAGAAGCCGUCAAUCAAGCAGGUCCUCUUCCUCACAGCCAAUCACCCCCCCCCCCCCCCCCCCCAAGGGUGGUGUCACAAUGAUGCCCAAUCCCUGAUCAGGUCUAAGAGGAGAUCACCUCCUGUAGGGUUGCCCUCUUGCCCCACCCCUAAUAUGUUCUUAUUGCCCCACCCCUAAUAUGUUCUUAUUGCCCCACCCCUAAUAUGUUCUUAUUGCCGCCCAAAAGUCUAUAUGUAGAAAUCUAUUAGUGAUUUUGUAUCCUCAAAUGCAUAGGCAAACUAUAUAUAGUUAUAGGCUGUAUGAAAAUAUUUUAUAAUUUAACCUUCUUGUCAUGUACUCUGCCCGUUGUCACAGAGCAGCCUAUGUCUUUCGCCAACCAAAAAUUGCACCUCAAGGACGCACUGUCAAAUCUCACUUUGAGAAUGAAUGCUGACAUCACUGAAUGUCCCUAUAGACCCAGUUAGGCUUGGGUUGUGGGGAGAAAGCCUGUGCUUUGUAAACAAAAACAACAACAAUGAGAGAUGUUGAGGCGAGGUGUACUGCUAGGCAGCCACUCUCUGCUACUGCCUACGCUGACUAAAGGUGGCAUGGCAGGAACAUGGGGCUACCACAUGCCGAUAGCCCUCUACAAAUGAAUAAGUAAAUAAAUAAAUAAAAAGAUUUAAAAAAUGUUCUCGCCAUAUCCCAGCCAUGCCUAUUUCAAAUCCAGCAUGUACAAUAUAAAUCUGUCUUUAUAUUUGAUAUACUGUAUGUAGAUUGUAAACAAAAAAACAUCAAAACAUCCCUUUCACUAGAAGUGCAAUCUCUAGUUUUGAUACUUCAUACGGCUUUAAGUACCACUAAGUAUAAGUCAAUAGAAAACCAAAGAUAGAUUGUUGCAGAGAUCGGUGUAUAAUACAACGCUGUAGCGUAUAUUUUUGUGGUAAAAUGGCUUUUUAUUUCAUUGAUAAACAGGGAAGUAUAUGGGAAUCACCUUUUUCUGUCCCGUCAAGUGGACACAGUAGAUUGUAUGACGCUCACCCAGGUGAUUAUAUUUGUAUUGACCUAUGAUCCUUGACCCAGUGAAGUUGAGAUCAACUACAUACUGUAGGUGUGAUGUUUGGUGAAAUGUACAAAAAAAACUGCAGAUGUAAUAACAUUGUUUUAAUUUUCUACAAUUCUACAAGGUCCAGAUAUAUAUUUUUAUUUCAACCGUAUGACAUGUCUGAAGGCAUACUUUCCGAGAAAGAAAGUUGCCAAACUUUUGCUCUUGAAAUUUUAGUUUAAAGACAUUUCUUGAGUACUUUUUUCAUUUAAUGAUUUUUAAACUCCUGUACUGUUAAACAUCUGAUGCCCUGGAUAUACAACAUGGUAAUGUAUAUGUCAACGUACCUACUCAAACACUUAAUUCUGUGUAAAAUGUUAAAUCUGCUUUUGUGUUAAGGCUACAAUUAUAUUUAAAUUAAAAGUAUGACAGGCUUUUGACAAUCCUUGAAUAAAGACGGCCCAAUGUCUGUUAUGGCCAGAAGUCAA